AGCUGCCAACGAGAAUUCAGCCAUCGGGCGUCCGUCCUGUUCAUGGUGUUUAGUCCUUUGCUUUAGGGGUUUAGCACAUACAUUUGUACGUGUAUGUUUCUCCAACAACAACCAGGGCGAGUGGUUCUGCAGUCUGCCAGCUUGAACUUUGGAUGUGCGUGGCUGAACGGCCGUGGUGUUGUUGCAAAGAUCACUAGUGUCGUCUUCAACAGAAAUUUGGCGUUUGACGGGAAUUUGCGAAGGAGAACGUGCAUUGUCCAUGACAGCGUCUGUUUGUCGGACAAAGCGGCUCGGCCGACCUAAUGGAUGUUGUGGUGGAGUCCCAGGCGUGCCUGGCUCUCCUGGAUCACCAGGUCCUUUGGGAUCUUCUGGAAGAGAUGGUAGAGAUGGAAGAGAUGGAACAAUUGGUGAGAAAGGUGGUCGUGGUGAAAGAGGAGAACAAGGAGUAAAAGGGGAGAGUGGAAAAUUAGGUCCACCUGGGCCAAAAGGAGAUGGGGGAGUGAAAGGAAUCAAGGGCAACUUGGGAGUGAAGGGAGAAAAGGGAGAAGCGACUCAGCAAUCAAACUGGAAGCAAUGUGUGUGGAAGAGAGAUGAUAGCAAAGACACCGGACUCAUUCAAGAAUGUCGCUUUGGUAAAAAGGAUGGGAAUACCGCACUGCACGUGGCCUAUGCAGGAAAUCUGCGUAUCAAUUGUGCCAAUUGUUGUGCUCGUUGGUUCUUUACAUUUAACGAUCGAGAGUGCACUGGACCCAUGACAAUCGACGCAGUAUAUUAUACUCGUGCAAAUAACAACAUUCAUCGUCACCGACAAAUUGAAGGUUACUGUGAGAACAUUCCAGCAGGUGACGUCAGAGUUGGUUUCCACAUUGGCAAAUGCAGCGAUUAUCCUGUGGUGGAUGGUCAUACCGGAUGGGACUCCGUAUCGCGAAUCAUGAUAGCAGAGAUGCCACCAGCUCAACAAUAAAAUCAAACUGUUGUCCUUAAGACUGUUUGUGAUAGAUUUGCAAAGGUAAUUGUAAUAAGCUUUAGUUAUAUAGUGUUUAGUGCUAUUGUUUACUGCAGAUGCGGCUUGAACUUUAGCCGUAGACACUCGUAAUAUGAAUUAGGUAACUAUAACAGUGUAGUGAAGUAACGUAAAUACACUACAAACUUGCAGCUUUAUACCGAUGUGUGUACACUGUACUUGCUAA